AUGGGAUGCUGGAUUUUGAAUGAAAAACUCUCAGUGCUGUUAUUAUUGGUGUGGCUGGGACUGAAUUUCUAUUUGUUUAUUGAUACGUUCCACUGGUAUGAAGACGAAGAUGCUUACAUUUAUACACGGAUUAUGCUGGGAUCAACCCUGGCUUGGGCAAGAGCUUCUGCAACGUGCCUUAAUUUUAACUGCAUGCUAAUCCUGUUACCAGUCAGUAGAAACCUUAUUUCAUUCUUGAGAGGAGCAAGCAUUUGCUGUGGAGGAGCACUGAGGAGACAGCUUGAAAAAAACAUUGCAUUUCACAAGAUGAUUGCCUAUGGAAUAGCUGUAAAUGCAACCAUCCAUAUUGUUGCCCACUUGAUCAACAUUGAGCGGUAUCAUGCCAGCCAGUCGAAGGAAGCUGGGGAGUUACGGAAUAAACUUUCUGGCCUUGGCAAGAGCCCAAAUGAAAGCUACUUGAACCCAAUCAGAACCUAUGAAACGAACACAACAGGAGAGGUACUAACCACCACAGCUGGAAUAACUGGAGUUGUCGUAACUGUGGCUCUAAUUCUGAUCAUGACUUCAUCCACUGAGCUCAUCAGAAGGUCGUGCUACGAGGUGUUCUGGUAUACCCACCACCUCUUUGUGGUUUUCUUCAUUGGUUUAAUAAUCCAUGGUAUGGGUCAGUUUGUCCGAGGUCAGACACCUCAGAGUCUGCUGCUUCACAAUGUCACUUACUGUAAAGAUCACUACCUGGAAUGGGAGAACGCCACUCAGUGCCCUUUGCCUCGGUUUUCCGGCAACAAACCUGUGGCUUGGAAGUGGGUUAUAAGUCCUAUGGUGCUGUAUAUCUGUGAAAGAAUCGUUAGAUUUUGGAGAUUUCGACAGGAGGUGGUCAUAACCAAGGUGGUGACACAUUCCUCUGGAGUGCUUGAGCUUCACAUGAAGAAAUGUGGCUUUAAAAUGGGACCUGGUCAAUACAUCUUUUUACAGUGCCCAUCUGUCUCACAGCUGGAGUGGCACCCUUUCACCCUCACCUCAGCUCCCGAGGAGGACUUCUUCAGUGUUCACAUACGGGUCGUCGGGGAUUGGACUGCAGCCCUCUUCAAGGCCUUCGGAGCAGAGGAAAAAGCUUUCAAGGAAUUGUGGACAUUACCAAGACUGGCCGUGGAUGGACCAUACGGAUCUGCAACCACAGAUGUCUUUCACUACCAAGUGAGUGUGUGCAUUGCAGCAGGAAAAAAACCAUUUGCCUCUAUUUUAAAAUCCAUUUGGUACAAAUGCUGCAACCCAAACACAGUACUGGCGCUGCAGAAGGUUUAUUUUUACUGGAUUUGCCGAGACCCAUCAGCAUUUGAGUGGUUUGCUGAUCUUCUGUUCCAUUUGGAAACAAAAAUGUCUGAAAAAGGGAAAAACGAUUUUCUAAGCUACCAUAUAUUUCUUACUGCCUGGGAUGAAAGUCAGGCUACUCACAUAGCCCUACAUUAUGAUGACAAGAAGGAUGUAAUUACUGGUUUGAGACAGAAGACCUGCUACGGAAGGCCAAACUGGGACAAUGAGUUCAAGCAACUAGCUGACAACCAUCCUAGCAACAGCAUCGGAGUAUUCUUCUGUGGACCCAAGACUCUCUCUAAGAUCCUUCAAAAGACCUGCAACUCAUAUUCAUCAGUUGAUCCAAGAGGAGUUCAGUUUCACUAUAACAAAGAAAGUUUCUAG